CCCAGUCAAUAUCCUCCUCUAUUUCGAUCUUUCAUAUAUAGGCUUUUACUCGUCUAGAAAAAUGCCUGGAAUCGCUAUCGGUAAUUUUAAUGAUUCCUUCAGCGUUACCUCUAUCAAGGCAUACAUUGCCGAGUUUAUCUCCACCCUGCUCUUUGUCUUCGCUGGUGUCGGCUCUGCCAUCGCGUAUGCUAAAUUAACGGCUGAUGCUGACCUCGAUCCGGCUGGUCUAGUAGCUAUUGCAGUUUGCCAUGGAUUAGCCCUUUUUGUGGCUGUAUCCAUUGCCGCUAACAUCUCUGGCGGCCACGUGAAUCCAGCUGUCACCUUUGGGUUGGCUGUUGGUGGCCAGAUCACCUUCCUUACUGGCCUCUUUUACUGGAUUGCCCAACUCCUUGGCGCUGUGGUCGCAUGCUUCCUUCUCAGUUUCGUCACCGGAGGCUUGGCUGUCCCAAUACACGGUGUUGCAGUAGGCGUGGGAGCGCUUCAAGGGGUGGUUAUGGAAAUCAUCAUCACAUUUGCGUUAGUAUACACAGUAUACGCCACAGCAUGUGACCCAAAGAAGGGUGCAUUGGGAACAAUUGCCCCAAUUGCAAUUGGUUUCAUUGUGGGUGCCAACAUCUUGGCCGCAGGCCCAUUCUCAGGUGGAUCAAUGAACCCAGCUCGAUCUUUUGGACCUGCUGUUGCCAGUGGUAACUUUGCCGGACACUGGAUCUACUGGGUUGGACCCCUCAUCGGUGGUGGUUUAGCCGGAGCCAUUUACCCACACGUUUUCAUUUCCAGCGAACAUAUUCCUCUCACCAACGACUACUAAGUUUUCAUUGUUCUUGUGUGAUUGAAUGCAUUUCUAGGUUUUUUCAAUUGUAAAAAUAAGAAGAAAAACAAUUUAAUUGUUUUUCUUUAUUUAUUUGUUAUUAUUAAUUACAAGUAAUUCAUCCAAAUUUGUUUUCUUUUGUAAGUUGUUAUUUGAUUGGUUUUUCAUUAAAUCUUGUAUGGAUAAAAAUGUCUGUGUGGAUUAAACUAUUUGAAUAGAUUAACAAGGUUUUCAUAGACGAA